CGGGGCGUGGGCGGCGGCGGCGCGGGGCCGGGGGGAGCCGCGGGGCCGGGAGCGGGGUAGGCUGCGCCCGUACUUAAGCGCGCUGCCCGAGCCGCUGACGUCUUUCGAAUUGGAGACGGGCUGCCCCGCUCCCGCCCCGGGCUCCAGCGGACACGGCCGGGGACGGAGGAAGGGAAGCUCGUACAUGCGGAGAACCUGGGAGGAGGGGGAAGCUCGCUUCCUGCCCAACUGCUCAUUCAGUCGCGCAGCAGCAUUUCGGCGUGACCCGCCUGCCCUUCCAGCUGAUAAUGUUUCAAGUCUGAAGUACUUCGGAGAGGGGGAGAGAGCAACACGCGCAGGAGCUAUCAGACCUUUUGGCCAAGGUGCGAGUUUCUGUCUAGAAUGUCCAGGCAUGCAAAAAAGCUUAGAGAUCACGAUAUAAAUCCAUGUCUAGCGGAAACAGAUGCCACUACAAAAUGUAUGAAUGACAACAACUAUAACAAAGAUAUGUGUACUGAUUAUUUUUUGAAGUACAGAAACUGCAGGAAAUUCUGGCAUGGAAUUAUGAUGCAAAGGAAGAGAAGUGGUGUGAAACCAGAGAUGCCCUCAGCAGAAGAAAGAAAGAAAAUCUUGGAAUCAAUGGGGAAGCCCUACUGACUAGAAACCUGAAUUGGUUGACUGUUGUCACUGUACAUAUGAAGACUUAAGAGCAGCAAGUCACCAUUUUAUGAACUGGAUUUUACAGUUGCCAUAUGUUGGAUUAAAAUAAGAUCUUAAAUUUUGAAAUGUGUGAGCUUUCCAGGAUAGAACUUCCUAAGUUUGUUUGUACUUCCUGUCAUAGGAACCUGGCCUCUUUCUAUUGGAAGAUACACAUAUCAGUGCAACUUGUGUAGAAACUUUUGGAAGUAGAAACUACCUUGCUGUGAAAUGCUAAAUAGAAAAUUAAUGGGACUUGCAGAAAGUCUGUUUGAAAAGAUGGGAUCGGUGAGCAUUGCAGUGUAGUUCUAAGUUCUGAGACUGUAGCAGGUUGAGAAACUGGUACGUGCAACAUGUUCCUUGCACUCAGCUUUUCUGCUCAAUAGUAUGGGUUUACCAUGUGUGAUUUUAUCACUGUUCUCACAUGUUGAAUUCUGUGUCCCCAGUUUUAAUAAGACUUCACGAACUAAAAUCCUAAAUCCAACAAGCUUGUCAUUGGGUCUGCCACUGCACUUGUCAGUGACAGCAGAAGCUUGCAGUAAAUCAGAUCUGCAAGCUUCACUAGUUAGAAGCUUAGCGAUCUGAGAGAGUGUUGUUCAACUAGCUUCACUAGUUAGAAGCUUGCAGAUCAGAGUUCACCAGAGAGACUGGUGAAGAUAAAACUGAACUCCUCAGGUCUGAGCUGCAUAGUAAUUUCUGUGGAUAGUAAAUAGAUACUUUGGUGGCGGGCAGGCAGGGGGGACUUGCAGACAUGUAAACAGAUCCUCUGAGUGACAUGGCAGGUUUAACUAUAGUACAUCUAUCUAAGACUCUGGACAGCUGAAACCUAGGGUUUGGAAAUGCUUACUCAUAUGAGAUUACAAAGCUCAGUUUAAACAGGUACUCUAAUCUUAAAUAAGGUUGAUUCUUUAGCUAAAUUGAACUAAUAAAUGUAAACAUGUUGCUGUCUGUUGGAGACAGUGGCUUUUACCUUUUACCUUCUGGUGUCCUGGCUUAAAAGCUUAUAUCCUGUGAUAAAACAGAAAAACUACUGUCAUGAGCUCAGGUUCCAUGUGAAAUCCUUUAGUUCUUACUGGGAUCAGCUUGGCAGAACUCUGGCUGACCUCAUGAAGGAUGGUGUAAAAAUGAUGUCUCUCUAUUUAGACUGUUUUGGAAAGACUUCAUGGCUUUAUGUUUCUCCUGUCUGGCUUGUCUUGUUUCUUUCCACUGUAGGCCUAUUUCUAUGCUUGCUGAGUUUUUUAUGGUGUUUCCUUGUUUGAUCUGACUAGUAACUCCACCAAAUCUGCUUUUGCUUUCUGCUCUUCCUUUGCUCUUCCUUUCUGCUCUCUAUCUACAUAUGAGUUUUGAAAUGGGUUGAUCCUGCCAUCUCUGGAAUGAGUGUGUAACCCUAUGCCUUUUGAGUAUGCAAUGCUCCAAGCAAAGCUGUACAGCCUUCAAGCAUGUCACAAGUUCUCUUGUCAGUUCCUGGCAAGGAAGAUUUACUUUCUUCCAUCAAGACCAUAAGAUCCUUUAUUUCAAAUAACUUUGCCUUUACCUGAAGUGCAAACUUAGACGUUUUCCUCUUUUUGUAGUUUUUUUUUUUUUGUUGUUGUUGUUGUCUAGUUGGUGGGGGGGGUUGUUUGUUUGUGGUUUUUUGUUUGUUUUUGUUCCCUCGUGUGUGGAGCUGAAGAUACUUUGAUUCUAGAUUCAAGGGCUUGCUCUUUCUGCCACAUCCUUGCUACCUUUUAAUACCCUCCUACAUACCAAUCUUGCCUUUUUUUUUUUUUUUUUUUUUUUUUUGCCUGUUUGGCACCAGUUCUUUUUUGACUGAUUUUAAUAUUUUGGUCUCUUAUUGCAGUGUUUUUCUAGUACCUUUGUUCUGCCUCUGGUCUAAUGAUGUAGUCAUUUCUAAUACAGCUCUUUUGAAGGUUAUGUAUUCUCUGUUCUCUUUCAUAGUGAGAGAACUUCUUGUUUUCAUUAAGCUUAACCAUAAUGCUUCCUUAUUAACCAUGCCUCUCUUUGAUCUUUUUGUUCAUCUGCAGAUUUUGGGGAGCUGUUGUCCUCUUCCUUAGGGCUUUGUCUCUUCAGACUCUUCUGCCUUCACUGCCUUUCUGGCUUUUUGCCUCCCUUGGUGUCUAAGGGCACCUUCUCUCCUACUUGGCACAGGUUUGUCAUUUGCCACCUCUGCUGUAUCUUUGGACAUGUUCUUUGCUCCUAUGGCUUUAGCUACUAUUCUAGUGCUUGCUGUUUUUCUGUUGCUGUGAUCUUAAAUUCUGGGCUUGCAUUUUAUGUGCAAGAAAAACAUCAUCUUGUUCUUGAAGUGGGUAUGCUGAUUCUUCUUUGCAUAACCUUAAGUUCCUUAAAGUUAUCUCAUUUAUCCUAGGAUUUCCUUUCAGGUUUUCUUUGUGUGUAGAAAUGUUCCUUCUCUUAGGUUAACUGUUGCACUUAAGUUUUUUGGUUGGUGGUGUUGUUUUUUUUUUUAUUUGUUUGGGUUUUUGUUUGUUUGUUUGUUUGGUUUUUUUUUUUUGACAGUAUUUGCCCUUUGCUGCUUUGUAAAGUGUAAAGAACUAAGUACUGGCCUUCAAAAAAUCAGGAGGAGAUGCAUUACUGCUUUCAGAUGUCAAUGCAAGAAUGUGUGAUCACAGGAUUUGCUAAGGCACAUGUAAUGCAGGAACAGUAGUCUAACAUUAGACUUCUCAUCAUCAGUGGAUGUACAUAGUAAGCUCCCUGCGGGUGUUACAAAAAUGAGUUUAGUGUAGAACUGAGGGCAAUUUAAGCAGUGACCUUGUGGAUUUAGUUCAGGUAAUCAGUCAUCUGUUGUAGGGAACGCUAUGCCAUUUAUUUCCAUUGUACAUUCCUUACUGUUAAAUAACACAAAUUUAUAUAAAAUCUUGAGGGAGCAAGGAGUUUUCUUCCUCAUGUUGUAAUGUCUCUCAAGAGUGAUCUGUUACUUGAGUAUGAGUUUUUAUUAUUUUUAUCCCUCACUUGAGGUUGCUUUUCUUGCUUUCACUACAGAAGCUGAAGUGGUAAAGUGUGAUAGCUUAAACAUAGGCUCUUAUGAGUUGAGAUUUUUCCAUUAACUUUUGUAGUGUGAUUAACUACCUUUGGUUGUGAGCCAAAGAUAAUGGUCUUUUCCUCAUACCUGAGAUCUUGCAUGCCACACUUCACUGAAACAGAGGUAAGUUGCAGUCUGCCACUCUUACUGGACAAAAAAAAAAAAACCUGGGCUGCAUUCUUAAUUUCCCUAAAGCACACCCUUGUACAUAGCCCAGAAAGCGUAACACAGUGGAUCAAUAUAAUAAGACAGUGGGAAGGGACCUGUGGGUUUUGGUUUUAGGUGUUUUUUAAAUACUUUUAAUUACUCGCUUUGCUUGUGAUACAAGGGCCAAAUCUGGAUAGCAGCAUUAAUGCUUGAUAAUUUUUUUGUUUGACAGCUGGAUGGUGCUGUUGUACAACAGACUGAAAACAGAAGCACUCCACCCACUACUGACUCUUCCAGGCUUUUUUGGUCUCUUCCCACAGAGGUAGCAGAAUUCAUCCAAUAGAAAGCAAAGAUUGGCCCUGUCUCUACACUAUCAACAGGAAAGGAGGAGAGGAGUCUAAAUCAUUGCUGGGAAAUAUGAGAUUUCUGUACAGCCCGAGAAGCUUUGGAAUAUAUUCCUUGAUAGAUUUUUUCACUGUAGUUAUUUGAUCACAACUAGGCACUGAACAGCAGCUGUAAGCUUUUUCCCAGGUCUGGGUGAAUAUCCUGAUUCCCAUCUGUACAUUUGGGCCAUCUCAUUUUUUCUGUUACCCUACAGUGCAAGGCCUUGUAUGGCUCAGAGUUUUCUGCUGCCACAAUUGGGUGAGUCUAUGCUCUUGAAGAUGUUCAAAGGAAGCUCACAAAAUUGCAGAGUAUGCUGAUUUGGAAAGGAACCACAAGGAUAAUUGGAGUCCAAGUUGUCUACCUCUAGAGUCUUGAAAAUUUCUUUGUAUUUAGCUGAAGCUUUUGAAAGGCAGUGAGUUGAAUCUGCUGCUGCUCUGCGUCUCCUUCAUGGUCUUGUAAUGAAACUUUUUUUUUUUGCACACAAGUUAUCAGGAAUAUGUGCAUAGAUGAGCUUUUGGUAAAACUUGGAGAACAGAUAAGAUGAAUUUAGAGUACAAAAUGUUUGAGACAACCCUUAACUUGUGUUAAAAAUAUCUACCUCUUUAAAGUUGGUCUUCCCAAAUAGCUAUGAAAGAACUAUUGUGUGGAAAAACAGUACACCAUUGCAGGCUUUUGUUUUCUUGGAAGAAUCUGAGGCAACUGGAAGAAAUAGUUCUGUAAGUAUUAAAGUAAUAAAAAAUAAAACAAGCAGACUA